ACCCACACGGAAGGGUCCUAAAAGAAGCACGUGUUCGGUGGUACUAACGUCCAUGUUUUUUUUUUGUUUUUCGUUUCGUGUUGAUCCACCGUUUAACCUGGGAUCCUGGCCAUCUCCAACACCAACGAAGUGAAUUCGUGAAUAUGUGGUCGUGUUUUUUCGUGUUUCGUGGCGUCCGAUGGGAUUUGUUCUAGGGGUCGUUGUGGGUGGUGUAUGGAAAAGUGGUAUGCGAUUCCAUAGCGAUAAUGCAAACGGCUGUGAUGUCUGAGGGGUUAGGUUGGGAAAUUAUUUGCGCUUGGUUUUGUGUCGGAAAGUACCGGAAAUAACGACACAGACAAAAUAGCCGAACAACAUGUGCUUUCGUGUCCGCGCACAAACCUGGGGAGGGUCGCUGCGAUAGUAGGCAUUAUAGUAGGUGUAGUUGCAAUAGUGAUGAUGAUGAUAGUAGGAGCGGCAACGGUUUCUGGCCAUAGUGGCAAAGUGAAUUUUCGUGUGGAAUUCGAGCGUGUCCUCCAGCGUGUUCGGGAAUUGGUGGUUGUUUGCUUAGUUUUGCUUCGAUGCUUAGCUGCUUAGUGUGUGGAAUGCGGACACCGAUUACGCUCUGGCUACAACUACUAUCCUUUUCUGUUCCGUUACAAUCUCCCGAUCCAGCCAAAGCCAACGGGACGGCAGGUGCCCGCCCGAGUAUAACACCCCGGUGAUGUUCUAGUGCUGUAUUGAUUGUAGACGAAGUUGUUGAUUGUGUUUGACUGGGCGAAACCAAAGUGCAGGAGGAAGUAAGAAGAAGGGCAAGUACGGCGGUAUCGACGGCGGAAUGGAAGCUACAACUGCCAGCUAGUUGAACUGCCAACCCACAUUGGCCCGCAAACCGAGCCAAACUAGACCAGCUGAGCCGCCAUCCUUUUGGAAUGCUUCCGUAAGAGCUUCGGCACUACUAGGGCAAUGAGGUUUGAUCCGUGGGGAAGACACCGAGGACAGAGACGUCGCGGUGUGAUCGUCAAUUUUUGGCGGAAUGACACAGUUCCAUGCAGAGCACCAGCGCCACGAGUGAUUGAAGCUCACGAAUAUCUGUAGUCCGUCGAACAAAAUUACCCGGCCCCGGGUUACCUGCUUUGUGCACAGUCCUUACAGUUCAAUGGAAGGCUCCGAAGCAGGAAGAACUGUGCCAUCUUCUGUAGCUUGAGCAACGUGGUCUCAACAAAAAAAAGAAGAAAAAACCCUGUCGGCACCAGCAUGAGCAUGGAAGAUGAACUGAAUAGCUGUAGCAGCAGUGAUAGUGGUUCGAGCAACGGCUGCCGAAUCAGCUGCAGUACUAGUAAUAGUGAAACUGGCCGUACCAGCAUCAGUAGUAGCAGCGGCAGCAGUAGUGGCGAGAGUACACCUGCCGCUACCAGUGACAGUGAUAAGACCAGUGAUAACAGCAGCAGUAGUUUGUGUAGUGAAAACGAUAAGGAUACCGAGAGUGAUACGGAAGGGAAAGGUUCCAGCCGUUCUGGUGGGCAGAAAAAUGGCACAACCACAAAAGGUGAAACGUCGGCCCUCGGCGAUCGGGCCACUAGUGCCGCAGGCGACAUCGAUAAGGAUACUGCAGGUGGCGGCGUUGGUAGACCGGCAACAACAGCCACCAUCGGCAAAGUUAUCGAGGGCAAUUUGGGGCCGCUGACAGCGACAGUGAAAUUUAUCAACCCGUACAAAAACAACUGGAUCAAUGCGGACCGUUUGAAUGAGCUGCGGAAAAAGGUACAGGACGCGACCAAGCACCAUCGGGUGUUUCUCCUACGUGGUUCCUUCCACACCGUCCGACGGGCACUGGUGGAGCGUGGCUGGGUAGAAAAGUUGGACGGGUUCCGCGUGAAAGCCCAAGCGUCCACGUCCUCUUCCGGCUUCAUAUUAGAGGAUCUGGUUUCCCAGCUUCCGGAGCGGAAACCGGGCGAAUCACGCAAAAAUCACAUCGCCAAAUGUGAACGCAGCAUUAUGUCACGCUUUCUGGAACACACGCCGAUCGAUUUCCUCUGGACGGCACGCCGCGAGAAGGCGGACUGGUUGGAUUUGACGAAAAACUCGUCGCUGAUCAUCAAUCGCUUCGCCAAAGCGCCGUUCACUACGAAGGAAGGCCUCUGCUCGGCGCUGCACGAUUUCCAUUGGUUCUACGAGGAGGGCAUGUCCGAGACCUACUUUCCCCGAUGCUACAACGUCUGGAAUCCGGAGGAACUGAACGAGUUCGUCGACAAUUUCCGGCUGACGGCGUCGAUGGGUCUGCUCAAGUGGCUCAUUGAACGGCAUGCGACCGAGGAAGGUCUCGAUGCCAUCAUCGCAGACGAUGGUAACGUGCCGAGCACGUGCAUUACCUUUGCACUGACGCGCUGCAAGGAGUACCUCGACUACUGCCUGCACAACGACAUCGACAUCGAGGAGGACACCAAGGUGUGGGACCACGAUUGGGACGUCUUUCUUACGCACCACUACCUGCUAACGCACGAGGACAACCGAAUACAGCUGCUGAAGGAGGAGCGCGAUACGGACGCGAUCGAUAACUAUCUGGCGGAGGCGAAAUCGGUGCUGGAACAGAUCAAGAGCUACUGGCCACAGUACGCACUGGACGGGUAUCUAAACAUUUGGAUCGUGAAACCGGGCAAUAAGUGCCGCGGUCGUGGCAUCCAUCUUAUGAACAACAUCAAGCAAAUCAUUGCCAUGGUAAAUCCGCCGAUUGUCAGCAAAACGCGAUACGUUAUACAAAAGUACAUCGAGCGUCCACUCAUUAUUCACAACACAAAGUUCGACAUUCGGCAGUGGUUUAUGAUCACCAGCGUACAGCCGCUCAACAUAUGGUUCUACAAGGAAAGCUACCUACGCUUCAGCUCCCAGCAGUACAAUCUCAUGAAUUACCAUGAAUCGGUGCACCUCACAAACCAUGCCAUACAGAAAAAGUACCACAAUGCGGUACGGGACGAGCGGUUACCGCACGAAAAUAUGUGGGACUGCCACACGUUCCAGGCAUACCUACGACAGAUCGACAAAUAUGAGAUGUGGUCCGAGCGCAUCUACCCCGGAAUGCAAAAGGCAAUCAUCGGCUCCCUGUUGGCGUGCCAGGACAACAUGGACCGGCGGCCGAACACGUUCGAGCUGUAUGGUGCAGAUUUUAUGAUAACGGAAGAUUUCUAUCCCUGGCUGAUCGAGAUCAACUCGAGUCCGGAUCUAGCACCCAGCACAAGCGUCACGGCACGGCUCUGUCCUCAGUGUGUCGAAGAUACGAUUCGAGUGGUGAUCGAUCGACGCACCGAUUCUAACGCUCUCACGGGUUCGUUCGAGCUGAUCUACAAACAGGUCAUACCGAAAACGCCUGCCUACAUGGGGCUUAAUUUGCAGCUCCGUGGACAUCGUAUCACACCAAAGAGCUCCAUCAAGAAGGACCGUAUGCGAAUGCUUCCCCUGAAACCGGUUCAGAACGUGCUGCAGGUGUCCCGGCUGGCAACUUCAGCGGCCGCUGCUUCCGUGGUAAAGCAAACCGCGUCACCGGUCAUAAUGGAUUUGAUCGAGUGUAUGCAGUUCCGUGACGGUAAACCCGACGAUGAUAUGCCGCGCCAUCAGCAUGGGCUGGUGCGGGGAGCAUGCGGUGUUACCUCAGCCACCCUCUACAAGCGUUCCAACUUUUCGCACAAAAGCCCCAAUCUACGCUACGACUUUGAGAAGAAGAAAUCAUACAUCAUCUCCAAAACGGGCGAACUGUUCCGCCGUAAUGGGGCCGGUGGCACUGGUUCCAAAUAUCUGACCGAUGGUGAUACUUACAUCGAUAGUGUGGAAGCUUGGGAACGGGCCACGACUAGCUUCUUCCAGCAUAAUUUCUCCAACACGCUCAGUUCACUCACUGUUAGCAACGGCAGUAGCAAUAACGGUAGAGAACGAAUCGGGUCGGAAUUAUCGGAUGAAGGACAAUCUCGCCCAGCUCCCGCGGUGUCUAGUGCUGUAGGAUCGGGUAACGGCAACUCUUCCUGUGGGACAAACAAGUGUACGAUCAAGAUAACGGAUUGCGAUGAAUGCAGCAGCCAAUCGAAUUCUGAUUCCGAAAAGCGUACCACUAGUGUGGAAAAUUUGUCCACUACAAACACUCUUCACGCCAGCCAUGCACCGUCGAAUGGUUUUCCGGCAGCUAUCCGUUACAGUACGCGGCAUACCGGUGGUCGUAUGACGACCUCGAACAAUUUCUACACACUUGGAUUUAGCUUACGCACGAAACCUCCGAAAUCGGUCGGUUCGAGAACGGGCAAUAAACUGCAUCACGCACAAUCAGCCGAGGACCUGCCAGCAUCGUUAGCCGGGGAACGUUCGUCCACAAUGCUGCACCCUGGUAACGUUUCGUCAUCGUUACACCACCGUACCAACACGGUCGGAGCGACGGAAUCUUCGACCGGACCAACUGGCGGCACAUCUGGAGCUUUCUAGCAGCCGUGGAACACCGCCGCCCGUUGCUGGGGCGGAAAGAACGAUUCUAGUGUACGUUUUACUCGGUGUAUAAGUGUUUUAUCCUGAUAUCCUGGCCAGCAGCAGCAACAGCAACAGCACCACCAACAGCAGCGGUAGUAGCAGCUGUUACUCCCA